CCAGCCAAGAUGGAGGACGGUGGUUGCUGCGGCCACCGGCACCACGGCGGCUAGCGCAGCUGCUGCUCCCCCGGCUCGCUCCUCGCUCCCUCAAAAAACCACGACAACCAACCACCAACAAAAAAAUCCCAAACAAACAAAAAAAAAAAACCAAAACAACAAAAAAGGCUGGAAACCUUCCUUCUUUCUCCGCCCACCGACUGCUGCCUGCGCGGACUGCUGGCCCUCCCCAUGCCGUCGUCGUCGUCGUCGUCGCCCUCCUCCUCCUCCUCCUCCUCCUCCUCCCGCGAUUGUCUGCGCUCCGGCUGCCGCCCGCCCGCCCGCCCGGACUCCCUGCAUGCACACGCCGCCUCCUAGGUGGCUGCGGGGGGUGGGCGCUCCCGGAGCUGCCAUUCCGCACAUACCUUCAUGUCCCUGCGCUCGCCGCGGCCGCCUGCCGCCGCCCCGCCUCGCUCGCCUGCUCCGGCUGCCGCCCUAACGGCCGCUCCCGCCCGGAGGUGAAGCCGGGACCCGCGGAGGGGGCGGCGGGGUUGGCGGCGGGUCUCGCCCGGAGGAGCCGCCGCCGCACGCAGCAGCCAUGAGCAGCGCCGCUACCGCCACCUCCGCCGCCGCCGCCGCCACCACGGCCGGCAGCGGCGCGGGAGAAGGGGCUGAGGAGGCGGCCAAGGACUCGGCGGACAUCGCGGCGUUCUUCCGAUCCGGGUUUCGCAAAAAUGAUGAAAUGAAGGCUAUGGAAGUGUUACCAAUUUUAAAGGAAAAAGUGGCAUACCUUUCAGGUGGCAGAGAUAAGCGUGGAGGUCCCAUUCUAACUUUUCCAGCUCGUAGUAAUCAUGAUAGAAUACGGCAAGAAGACCUUAGAAGACUAAUUUCAUACCUAGCUUGUAUUCCCAGUGAAGAAGUAUGUAAACGAGGAUUCACCGUCAUUGUAGAUAUGCGUGGGUCAAAAUGGGACUCCAUAAAGCCUCUGCUGAAGAUUUUACAGGAAUCCUUUCCAUGUUGUAUUCAUGUUGCACUGAUAAUCAAGCCAGACAAUUUCUGGCAGAAACAGAGGACUAACUUUGGCAGCUCUAAGUUUGAGUUUGAGACAAAUAUGGUGUCUCUGGAAGGCCUUACCAAAGUAGUUGAUCCUUCGCAGCUAACCCCAGAAUUUGAUGGCUGUUUGGAAUACAACCAUGAGGAGUGGAUAGAAAUCAGAGUUGCCUUUGAGGACUACAUUAGCAAUGCAACCCAUAUGCUGUCCAGACUGGAGGAACUGCAAGAUAUGUUGUCAAAAAAGGAAAUGCCUCAGGACCUGGAAGGUGCUCGCAAUAUGAUAGAGGAGCAUUCGCAAUUAAAAAAGAAAGUCAUUAAGGCCCCUAUUGAGGACCUUGAUGUGGAAGGACAAAAGCUGCUCCAACGGAUACAGAGCAGUGACAGCUUCCCCAAAAAGAACUCUGGGUCAGGGAAUGCAGACUUACAGAACCUUUUACCCAAAGUAUCCACCAUGCUGGACAGGCUGCACUCAACACGGCAGCAUCUGCAUCAGAUGUGGCAUGUGCGGAAAUUGAAAUUGGACCAAUGUUUUCAGCUCAGGCUGUUUGAGCAGGAUGCUGAAAAGAUGUUUGACUGGAUCACACACAACAAAGGUCUGUUUCUGAACAGCUACACAGAGAUCGGAACUAGUCACCCCCACGCGAUGGAGCUUCAGACGCAGCACAGUCACUUUGCAAUGAACUGUAUGAAUGUGUAUGUAAACAUAAACCGCAUCAUGUCAGUAGCAAAUCGCCUGGUCGAGUCUGGCCAUUAUGCUUCACAGCAAAUAAAACAGAUUGCUAGUCAACUGGAGCAAGAAUGGAAGGCAUUUGCUGCAGCCUUGGAUGAACGUAGCACAUUACUGGAUAUGUCCUCCAUCUUCCAUCAGAAAGCUGAGCAGUACAUGAGCAAUGUGGACUCAUGGUGUAAAGCCUGUGGUGAGGUGGAGCUUCCCUCAGAACUGCAAGAUUUAGAAGAUGCUAUCCAUCAUCAUCAAGGGAUAUAUGAGCAUAUUACCUUGGCAUACUCUGAGGUGAGCCAAGAUGGAAAGUCACUGCUUGACAAACUUCAGAGACCUUUGACUCCUGGGAGUUCUGAUUCCCUCACUGCUUCUGCCAACUACUCAAAAGCAGUUCAUCACGUUCUGGAUGUCAUCCAUGAAGUACUGCACCACCAGCGCCAGCUGGAAAAUAUUUGGCAGCAUCGAAAGGUCCGCUUGCACCAACGGCUUCAGCUCUGCGUUUUUCAACAGGAUGUUCAACAGGUGUUGGAUUGGAUUGAAAACCAUGGAGAAGCUUUCCUUAGCAAACAUACGGGAGUGGGAAAAUCUCUGCAUCGGGCUAGAGCUUUGCAGAAGCGUCAUGAAGACUUUGAAGAGGUUGCACAGAACACAUACACCAAUGCAGAUAAGCUCCUAGAAGCAGCCGAACAGCUCGCUCAGACUGGGGAGUGUGACCCCGAGGAAAUUUAUCAAGCUGCCCAUCAGCUCGAAGACCGGAUACAGGAUUUUGUUAGGCGUGUGGAGCAACGCAAGAUCCUGCUGGACAUGUCUGUGUCCUUCCACACCCAUGUUAAAGAGCUAUGGACAUGGCUUGAAGAGCUACAGAAAGAACUGCUUGAUGAUGUCUAUGCUGAGUCUGUGGAGGCUGUCCAAGACCUGAUUAAACGUUUUGGUCAACAACAACAGACCACUCUGCAGGUUACAGUCAAUGUCAUAAAAGAAGGUGAAGAUCUUAUACAGCAACUAAGGGAUUCUGCCAUUUCUAGUAAUAAAACCCCCCAUAACAGCUCAAUCAACCACAUAGAGACCGUCCUGCAGCAGCUGGAUGAGGCGCAAUCUCAGAUGGAGGAGCUUUUUCAAGAACGCAAGAUCAAGCUUGAGCUGUUUCUGCAGCUCCGCAUAUUUGAAAGAGAUGCAAUAGAUAUAAUUUCAGAUCUCGAGUCUUGGAAUGAUGAGCUCUCUCAGCAGAUGAAUGACUUUGACACUGAAGAUCUUACAAUAGCAGAACAGAGGCUCCAGCAUCAUGCAGACAAAGCCCUGACCAUGAAUAACUUGACUUUUGAUGUCAUCCACCAAGGGCAGGAUCUGCUGCAAUAUGUCAAUGAAGUGCAGGCAUCUGGUGUGGAGCUGCUUUGUGACAGAGACGUGGACAUGGCAACUCGUGUGCAGGACCUGCUGGAGUUCCUCCAUGAGAAGCAGCAGGAGCUGGACCUGGCAGCUGAGCAGCACCGCAAGCACCUCGAGCAGUGUGUUCAGCUGCGGCACCUCCAGGCUGAGGUCAAGCAGGUUUUGGGCUGGAUCCGAAACGGGGAGUCAAUGUUAAAUGCUGGGCUUAUCACUGCUAGUUCUUUGCAGGAGGCCGAACAGUUACAGAGGGAACAUGAACAGUUUCAACAUGCAAUAGAGAAAACCCAUCAAAGUGCCCUGCAGGUUCAGCAGAAGGCAGAGGCAAUGCUGCAGGCUAAUCACUAUGACAUGGAUAUGAUCCGGGAGUGUGCAGAGAAGGUUGCUUCCCAUUGGCAACAACUGAUGUUGAAGAUGGAGGAUCGUCUCAAGCUUGUGAAUGCCUCUGUUGCCUUCUAUAAAACUUCUGAACAGGUAUGCAGCGUGCUGGAAAGCCUGGAACAAGAAUACAAGCGAGAAGAAGACUGGUGUGGGGGAGCAGACAAACUAGGUCCCAACUCCGAAACAGAUCAUGUUACUCCCAUGAUAAGCAAACACUUGGAACAGAAGGAGGCAUUCCUAAAGGCUUGCACGCUGGCACGGAGGAAUGCUGAUGUUUUCCUGAAAUACCUGCACAGGAACAGUGUAAACAUGCCAGGGAUGGUGACACACAUCAAAGCACCAGAACAGCAAGUCAAAAAUAUCUUGAAUGAACUCUUCCAGAGGGAGAACCGUGUGCUGCAUUAUUGGACCAUGCGUAAAAGACGUCUUGAUCAAUGCCAACAGUACGUGGUGUUUGAAAGAAGUGCCAAACAGGCUCUGGAAUGGAUUCAUGACAAUGGAGAGUUUUAUUUAUCUACACAUACUUCCACUGGCUCCAGUAUCCAGCACACUCAAGAGCUGCUAAAAGAACAUGAAGAAUUUCAGAUCACAGCAAAGCAAACCAAAGAGAGGGUGAAGUUGUUGAUACAGCUGGCUGAUGGCUUUUGUGAAAAAGGGCAUGCUCAUGCAACAGAGAUUAAAAAAUGUGUCACAGCAGUGGAUAAGAGGUACAGAGACUUUUCCCUGCGCAUGGAGAAAUACAGGACCUCUUUAGAGAAAGCUCUGGGUAUUUCCUCUGAUUCCAAUAAAUCGAGCAAAAGCUUGCAGCUGGAUAUAAUCCCAGCCAGUGUCCCUGGGUCAGAGGUGAAACUGCGAGAUGCUGCUCAUGAGCUUAAUGAAGAAAAACGAAAGUCUGCCCGCAGGAAAGAGUUCAUUAUGGCUGAGCUAAUUCAGACAGAAAAGGCUUACGUAAGAGACCUCCGGGAAUGCAUGGAUACAUAUCUAUGGGAAAUGACAAGUGGAGUCGAGGAGAUCCCACCUGGUAUUGUAAAUAAAGAACACAUUAUCUUUGGAAACAUGCAGGAAAUCUAUGAGUUCCACAAUAACAUAUUCCUCAAGGAGCUAGAAAAAUAUGAACAGUUACCAGAAGAUGUUGGACACUGCUUUGUUACUUGGGCAGACAAAUUCCAAAUGUAUGUUACAUACUGUAAAAACAAGCCAGAUUCUACGCAGCUGAUAUUAGAACAUGCAGGAGCAUACUUUGAUGAGAUACAACAACGACACGGACUGGCCAACUCUAUCUCCUCUUACCUUAUCAAACCUGUCCAAAGGAUAACAAAAUACCAGCUUCUUUUAAAGGAGCUGCUAACGUGCUGUGAAGAAGGUAAAGGUGAGAUUAAGGAUGGCCUGGAGGUGAUGCUUAGUGUGCCAAAGCGAGCCAAUGAUGCCAUGCACCUCAGCAUGCUGGAAGGCUUUGAUGAAAAUAUAGAAUCUCAGGGAGAGCUCAUCCUUCAAGAAUCCUUCCAAGUGUGGGACCCCAAAACUCUAAUUCGAAAAGGAAGAGAAAGGCACCUUUUCCUUUUUGAGAUGUCCUUGGUUUUCAGUAAAGAAGUGAAGGACUCCAGUGGAAGGAGCAAGUACAUUUACAAGAGUAAACUGUUUACUUCGGAACUGGGUGUCACAGAACACGUAGAAGGAGAUCCCUGCAAGUUUGCUCUAUGGGUUGGAAGGACACCAACGUCAGACAACAAAAUUGUUCUGAAGGCAUCCAGUAUAGAGAAUAAACAGGACUGGAUCAAACACAUCCGGGAAGUGAUACAAGAAAGGACCAUUCAUCUGAAAGGAGCAUUGAAAGAGCCGAUCCACAUCCCCAAAACUGCACCAACAACAAAACAGAAAGGAAGAAGAGAUGGCGAGGACCUGGACAGUCAGGGAGAUGGGAGCAGCCAACCUGAUACUAUUUCAAUUGCCUCACGAACCUCACAGAACACGCUAGACAGUGAUAAGUUGUCUGGUGGGUGUGAGCUGACGGUGGUAAUCCACGACUUCACCGCCUGCAACAGUAAUGAGCUGACAAUCCGCCGUGGGCAGACAGUGGAGGUCUUGGAGAGGCCCCAUGACAAGCCCGACUGGUGUCUGGUUCGAACCACAGAUCGGUCCCCCGCUGCAGAAGGCCUGGUCCCGUGUGGGUCCCUCUGCAUCGCUCACUCUCGCAGUAGUAUGGAGAUGGAAGGGAUUUUUAACCACAAAGACUCCCUUUCGGUCUCCAGCAACGAUGCCAGUCCUCCUGCUUCAGUAACAUCACUUCAGCCCCACAUGAUUGGUGCACAGAGCUCCCCAGGCCCCAAGCGCCCUGGCAAUACUUUGAGAAAAUGGCUUACCAGUCCUGUGAGGCGUCUUAGCAGUGGAAAAGCAGAUGGGCAUGUCAAAAAGCUGGCCCACAAGCAUAAGAAGAGUAGAGAGGUUCGCAAAAGUGCUGAUGCAGGCUCUCAGAAGGACUCUGAUGAUAGUGCAGCAACACCACAAGAUGAAACUGUUGAAGAGAGAGGUCGAAAUGAGGGGCUGAGCAGUGGCACUCUCUCCAAGUCAUCCUCUUCAGGCAUGCAGAGCUGUGGAGAGGAGGAAGGUGAAGAGGGAGCAGAUGCUGUACCGCUUCCUCCUCCAAUGGCUAUUCAGCAACACAGUCUUCUCCAGCCCGACUCACAGGAUGACAAGACAUCUUCUCGAUUAUUGGUGCGGCCAACCAGCUCUGAGACACCCAGUGCUGCAGAACUAGUCAGUGCAAUUGAAGAGCUCGUCAAAAGUAAAAUGGCCCUGGAGGACCGUCCAAGUUCCUUGUUGGUAGAUCAAGGUGACAGCAGCAGUCCAUCCUUCAACCCUUCAGAUAACUCCCUUCUCUCUUCCUCAUCACCCAUAGAUGAGAUGGAAGAAAGGAAAUCCAGCUCCUUAAAAAGACGACACUAUGUCUUACAGGAAUUAGUGGAGACAGAGAGAGAUUACGUACGAGAUCUGGGCUACGUAGUUGAGGGAUAUAUGGCACUUAUGAAGGAAGAUGGUGUACCUGAUGACAUGAAAGGGAAAGACAAGAUUGUAUUUGGAAACAUUCACCAGAUUUAUGACUGGCACAGAGACUUCUUUUUAGGAGAGUUGGAGAAGUGCCUUGAAGAUCCAGAAAAACUGGGAUCCCUGUUUGUUAAGCAUGAGAGAAGGUUGCACAUGUACAUAGUCUACUGCCAAAACAAACCAAAGUCUGAGCACAUUGUCUCAGAAUAUAUUGAUACGUUUUUUGAGGAUCUAAAGCAACGCCUGGGCCACAGACUGCAGCUCACAGACUUGCUAAUAAAACCUGUGCAGAGAAUUAUGAAAUACCAGCUGUUACUAAAGGACUUCCUCAAAUAUUCUAAAAAAGCUAACCUUGACACAACAGAACUAGAGAAAGCUGUAGAGGUCAUGUGUAUAGUACCAAAACGGUGUAAUGACAUGAUGAAUGUUGGCCGCCUGCAAGGAUUUGAUGGUAAAAUUGUGGCCCAGGGUAAGCUCCUGCUCCAGGACACAUUCUUGGUUACAGACCAGGACACGGGACUUCUGCCACGCUGCAAGGAGAGACGGGUCUUCCUCUUUGAGCAGAUUGUUAUUUUCAGUGAGCUGCUAGAUAAAAAGAAAGGUUUCUCCAUGCCUGGAUUCUUGUUUAAAAACAGUAUCAAGGUGAGUUGCCUUUCCCUAGAGGAAAAUGUGGACAGCGAUCCAUGUAAAUUUGCACUAACAUCAAGGACUGGUGAUGUCACGGAGACCUUUAUUUUGCAUUCUGCCAGUCCAGGAGUCCGCCAGUUGUGGAUCCAUGAAAUUAACCAAAUUUUGGAAAACCAGCGCAACUUUUUAAAUGCCUUGACAUCCCCAAUCGAGUACCAGAGGAACCACAGCAGUGGUGGAGGCGGCAGCGGGAGCAGCAGCGGUAACAGCAGCGGCCCCAGCAGCUGUGGCAUCCCCAGCUCCAGCCGUAGCCGGCCAUCCCGGAUCCCCCAGCCUGUCAGACACCAUUCCCCAGUCCUGGUCUCCUCUGCAGCUGCGGCCCAAGCAGAGGCAGACAAGAUGUCAGGUAUGUCCAUUCACAAUCUCUCCCUGCCACACUACAACACCUCCUUAGAAAGUGGCCUGAGCCAGCCAGACAGGCACCCUCCCAACGCAGAACCCGACGGUCCUCAGAGAGAAGCUGAGCAGAUUCCCAAGAUGAAAGUUAUUGAAAGUCCCAGGAAGACAGCGGGAAGCAUUUCUGGCUCAGCUGACGGAGCCCAGAAAGACUCUCGUGGAAGCUCAGAGGACAGUCGCUCAAGAAACAGCAUAGGAUCACUGACGCUCGGGAAGCCAAGGCCAGGAGCCAUCUCACCAAUGAACUCUCCUCUCUCCACAACUUUCCCUUCUCCUUUUGGCAAAGAAACCUUUCCACCCAGCAGCCCCCUGCAGAAGGGCUCCUUUUGGAGCUCCAUCCCAGCAUCCCCUGCCAGCCGCCCUGGCUCCUUCACUUUCCCUGGGGACAAUGACUCCCUCCAGCGGCAGGUCCACCGCCACUCUUCACACAGCAAGGACACAGACCGCAUGAGCACAUGCUCCUCGACCAGCGAGCAGUCAGUUCACUCCACCCAGAGUAAUGGGAGUGAAAGUAGCAGCAGUAGCAAUAUCUCCACCAUGCUGGUGACACACGAUUACACGGCAGUGAAGGAGGAUGAGAUAAAUGUCUACCAAGGAGAGGUCGUGCAGAUUCUAGCCAGCAACCAACAGAACAUGUUUUUGGUGUUCAGAGCCGCCACUGAUCAGUGCCCUGCAGCCGAAGGCUGGAUUCCCGGCUAUGUCUUGGGGCAUACCAGUGCAGUCAUCAUUGACAACCCUGAUGGAACCAUCAAGAAGUCAACGUCUUGGCACACAGCACUCCGUUUAAGGAAGAAAUCUGAGAAAAAAGAUAAAGACGGCAAAAGGGAAGGCAAGCUAGAAAAUGGUUACCGCAAAUCCCGAGAAGGACUUGCCAACAAGGUUUCUGUCAAGCUUCUCAACCCCAAUUACAUUUAUGAUGUUCCCCCAGAGUUUAUAAUACCAUUGAGUGAGGUAACAUGUGAGACAGGAGAGACCAUCGUGCUUAGGUGUAAAGUCUGUGGUCGGCCCAAGGCUUCAGUUACUUGGAAAGGUCCUGAUCAUAACACACUGAGCAAUGACGGUCAUCACAGCAUUUCGUACAGUGACUUAGGAGAGGCUUCACUGAAAAUCAUUGGCGUCACUGCAGAAGACGAUGGUAUCUAUACAUGUAUAGCUGCAAACGAUAUGGGUUCGGUUUCAUCUUCCGCCAGUCUACGAGUUUUAGGUCCUGGAAAUGAUGGAAUCAUGGUAAUCUGGAAAGACAACUUUGAUUCCCUCUACAGUGAAGUGGCUGAGCUCGGCAGGGGCAGAUUUUCUGUCGUAAAGAAGUGUGACCAGAAGGGAACCAAGCGAGCAGUAGCCACUAAGUUUGUGAAUAAGAAGUUGAUGAAGCGAGACCAGGUUACCCAUGAACUUGGAGUCAUGCAGAAUCUCCAGCAUCCCCAGCUCAUUGGCCUUCUCGAUACCUUUGAGACCUCCACCAACUACAUACUAGUGUUAGAAAUGGCUGACCAGGGUCGCCUUCUAGACUAUGUUGUGCGAUGGGGAAACCUCACAGAAGGGAAGAUCAGACUUUACCUGGGAGAGAUUCUGGAAGCUGUGCAGUAUCUUCACAACUGCAGAAUAGCACAUUUGGACCUAAAGCCUGAAAAUAUUUUGGUGGACCAGAGUUCCACAAAGCCAACUAUAAAACUGGCUGACUUUGGAGAUGCAGUCCAGCUCAAUACCACGUAUUAUAUCCACCAGUUACUUGGAAACCCAGAGUUUGCAGCUCCUGAAAUUAUUCUUGGAAAUCCUGUUUCCCUCACUUCAGAUGUUUGGAGCAUUGGAGUGCUCACAUACGUCCUUCUUAGUGGCGUCUCUCCUUUCCUGGAUGAAAGUGUAGAGGAAACUUGCCUGAAUAUUUGCCGCUUAGACUUUAGUUUCCCAGAUGACUACUUCAAAGGAGUUAGCCAGAAGGCCAAAGAUUUUGUAUGCUUCCUACUUCAGGAUGACCCAGCUAAGCGUCCCUCGGCUGCACUGGCCCUCCAGGAGCAAUGGCUGCAGCUGGGGAACAGCAAAAGUGCUGACAGCAUUGACACAUCCAGACUGACUUCAUUCAUUGAGCGGCGAAAACACCAGAAUGAUGUUCGACCCAUCCGUAGCAUUAAAAACUUCCUACAGAGCAGGCUCUUGCCAAGAGUUUGACCUUGCUUGAAGUUCUCUCUCAUUCUCUUUCACCUGCCAAUCAAUCAGACUGGAGAUGGACUCCUCCUGCCAAUCAAUCAAUCAGACUGGAGAUAGACUCCUCCUGCCAAUCAGCUGUUGACUUGAAUUUUGGGGAGGGCAAACCCCGAGCCAACCAGCUGCUAAGCGAAUGUUCGUGUGCAAACGCAUUCCAGGGGGACCCGUGCGGGGUGGCGCGGGGGACUGGCAAUGCAGACUUCACUGGGGUGGAGGACAGUAGCACUGUACUCUGCAAAAAAGCAGUCACGAGUGAUACAGUAACAGUAUUUUAUUCAGGUUUCUGAAAAAAUAAAAAUAAAAAAAAUAGUUUUUUUAAUAAACAAGAGUUGAAUUUUGCAAGUGAACUUAACUACCGUUUUCAAGAUUUAUUCAAGGAGAAAUGCCUAUGUUCGAAGCACUGGUGUUAAACAAAAAUUACAUCAUGCCUGGAGAAGACUCACCAAAAUGGCUGCCUAUUGAUACGGCCUCCAUUUAUAACAUCUGGUUUUCACUUGGUCCUAGAGCUUUCCAGUUGCCUCGCCUGUAUGUAUCUCACGUAGCAGUGCACUGAGAUCAGACUCUGCUUUUAAGUGCAUCCAACCUCAAAGUUUUUGCAUACAAAUAGAAUGAAUUGUUUUGCUCUGAUAAAAUGUAGGCCUUACUUGUACAUAGACUGUUACCUGCCUUCAGUCUGUAAUUUUAUUUUUUUUUUCCCCCUCCCUCCCCUCAUCCUUUUUUUCCCCUCCCUCCUUCCUAAAUGGUGGUAUACCACUGUGCGGGUCUUCAGUUUGGGUCAGAACUCACUGUCCCCAUAGAAAAGGAGUUGGGGUUGGUGCCCAGCUUGCCAACCUGAUUGUCGAGCAGUAUACAGCAGGAUGAAAUACUGUAAAUGCACUCAUUUGGGAUUUUGUUUUCUUUCAUAUCAUGUGCAAUGUUGUGGCUUUAACAUUUUAUGCAACUAUUUAUGAGGACCUCUGUUGUAACUGUAAUAAAUAUAUAGAAAAAGCACAUACUUAGUACGGUGAGCUUUAUGGUUUUGUUUGUGUGUUUGGGGUUUCUGGGUGGGCAGGGGCGGGUGUGUUGUACCACACUGUCAUUAUUAGUUUAAGAUGAGGGCUAGCAUAGAAUUUAGUCAAAACUAGUCAGUUUUAAGGAUUGUUCAAAAACAAAACAAAACAGCAAAAAAAAAAAAAAGGGAGAGAGAGAGAUAGAGGUAUUGGUAUCCCAUAUCUCAAACUGGUUAAGUGGGGUGACACUUUUAAAAUGUAUUAUUGUAUUCAAAAUGCCAAAGUCUGACUUUCCCAGAAUCAAGUCUCAACACUUACUACUUUUUAGGAUUUUUAAAUCUGUGUUUACUUCUUUCUGUGAAAUGAACAAAUUAAUUUUGUGCUCUUUGGUGAAGAAAACAUUCAGCAAGUAGUGGCCAGAUGAUGAGAAUCUGACAUGUAAUGUAAUUGUCUUAGUAAUUGUUUUUAAGGUUGAAGUAAUACUAACGUGAGCUAUUUAAAAAAAAAAAGAGAUGGUUUUCUGUACAUCACUGAGAUCAUAUGGGUGUGUUGUCAUCUAUGUGUGAAAUGCCAUGUUUAAAGAAACAAGCCAACAUCGCACCAUAGUUAGAUAUAUGGGUCUGAAGCCAUAACCUAGCUUGGGUUAGUUUUGAGCUUUGAGGCUUCCACUGUAUUCUAUUUAUUCCUUUUUUGGCUUUUGGGGUUUUUUUUUGUUGUUUUUAUUUGUUUGUUUGUUUGUUUUGUAAAGUUGUACAGAAACUUUUUAAAAGAAAACAACUGACUUCAAAACUGGAUGUGUAUUCGUACCAACCUCAUAUCAUUAUGUUUGUGUAUUAUUUUGCUUUAUUGUUUUAGUUAAAAUUUUGCUUUAUUUUGCAUGUAUAUUUCUUUGUACAGUGACCUUACAUGUUUACACAGUAUGACGUGAUGUAAAUAUUUUAUUUUGCCAUCAGUUAUUUUGAAAAAAAUUAAACAUAUUUGACAUA